AUGGUGUACACACGCUGGAAGUGUGACCGGCUGCCGGUCUUUCAGUUGAAGUUGUUUUCACAGGAGUACCCACUCCAUACAACCGUUGGAAUUCUGUGCAUGAUGUUUCUUUGGAAGCACAUGGGGCACUGCUCGGAGGAAACAGAGCGCAAGCACGGUUGGUGGGCGGGAUACCCGUACUGGCGUGACCCCAUUGCCCGCAGGAAUGAGGCCAAAUACAAGCAACUGAUUAACAAGAACGAUGUGGACAUCACAGACCCAAAGUGGACUGGAUGUUCUUUUGAGCAGCUUGAGAAGCUAAAGAAACUGAUUUAA